UUUUUUUUAAAUCCUCAUAGCCUCGAAAAAAACCAAUUCAAAAUGGCGCAAUAAUUUUUAUGAAAUUUUGUUUGCGUACACUACGUUUUUGACACUAAAAAAUUGUGCACUCUCCCAAAGACCCCAAAAAGUUCGAAAAGACGAUUUUUGCUGGUGCAAAGAAAAAAAAAAUUGAUCCGUUAUAAAAUUUACGUAUUUAUCAAAAUACAAAGUUGAUUGCGUAAAAUUUAGAUUUUUCGUGAGCGAGAUACAAACGACGGGCAAACAAUGAAAAUAAUGUCGUAGGUAAUCGAUCCGCAAAGAUUGCCAAUAAAUAGCGCGAUAGAUACUCCAUCGCGGUUAGGGCGUACGGAUAGCCACGUAGAAAUGAAACGGGAGACAGAGGAACGAAUGAGAAGAAAAAAAAAAAAAAGAAAAACGUCGAAUCGAGGAAACGCAGCACCAUUGAACUCCACCUCAGCCCACGGUCGGAUAUGAUAUCACGGCUCACGCUGGAGGAUAAGAGUCGAGCCAGUGGUAUACUGGCGAGAUCAAUAUCUCUGUUAAAAUGGGCGUGGCCGGGCAGGGCCCACUUUAAACCACGCCCCCUUCGUCCCAUUGGCUCUCCGCGUGCCAGUUGCUGAUUCGGAGGCGCGUGUUGGUCGCUCACCGAAAGUGGGCGUGGCCUCGAGACGCCCCUGGAAGGGGUGCACCCAUCUCGGAUACUUGGUCGUAAAUCAUAACGAGUCAGUUGCUCGGUGCGUUUCGGGGCAAACACCGUGAAAACUGGUGGUAAAAACAUUCUCGGUCGGUGGCAGCUCCUUUUUCCUCGAUUUGAUAAAUACUUUCGACGCCGUCAACGUCAAAGUAUUACAAAUGACGUGGUGCUCGACGUGAAGUCAGUGAAUAGAGGAUAAUUCUCGGUUCGCCCAUAAGCAAUCAGGUUGAACAUUGUUCAAAGGAGUGUUACUUCGUCGGGAUGUGCAGCAACGAGAGUCCACCUCCUAGCAAGGAACCGCUUGCCGUUGGGCUGGGUGUUGGAAAUCCAAUGGCCGGUUUUCUACCGGGGUUGGAGCACUACCGGCUACAGCUAUAUCACUACGCUAUGGCGGAACGACUGAGACUAGCUCAGCAGCUUCAUCCUCAACAUCCGAGCGUCGGACAUCCACCCACUUCGGGAGCGUCGGCUCAUCUGAGUAUGGGCGCUGGAUUUCCAGCUCCACUGCCGCUCUAUCCAGCCGCUGGGUACCCCAGCCGAUUGGCCCUGUCGAUGGCUCUACUUCAUCCGCAUCAUCAGCGUAUACCCGAGGAGCCAAAGCCCCAGCACAGUUACAUAGGACUGAUAGCAAUGGCUAUACUGUCGUCGCCGGAGAAGAAGCUGGUCCUCUCCGACAUCUACCAGCACAUCCUGGAGCACUAUCCGUACUUCAGGACACGGGGACCAGGAUGGCGCAACUCCAUAAGGCACAAUCUCAGCCUGAACGACUGUUUCGUGAAGUCGGGUCGCAGUGCGAACGGGAAGGGUCACUACUGGGCCAUCCAUCCGGCGAACCUGGAGGACUUCAGACGCGGCGACUUCCGGCGGCGCAAGGCCCAACGAAAGGUACGCCGGCACAUGGGCCUAGCCGUCGAUGAGGAACCCGACAGCCCCAGUCCACCUCCGCUACCAGCCACCCCUCCGCCACCUCCACCACCGCCGCAACCCUCGAUCCCACCGGCACCGUUACCCACCCAGACUCUGCCCACGCUCUGGACACCUCAUCAUCAUCAUCACCACCAUCACCAUCACCAUCAGCAACAGCAGCAACACCACUCGCCACCCUCGUCUCUUCAGAGUCACUCCCUUCAGCAGUCCUUCCAACCCUCCAGGAAGCGACAGUUCGACGUGGCCUCCCUGCUGGCCCCCGAUGAUCAUCACUACCACGUAUCUAGGAUCGCCAAGUCCAGGCGAUUCAGCUGCAGCGAGGACGAGCUCCAGGAACCGGAACAAGAGAACGACGAGGAGGACGUGGACGUCGACGUGGACGUGGACGUGGUUGCUGAUCCCUGUGCCAUUUCUUCACCCGGUACACCCGCCGGAAGUCCAGAAGGCAAACCCCUGACACCCUCGUCGCCCUCCGGUCAGUGGAAUCAUCAUCCGUCGGCUCAGCAGAUAUCCUCGAUCCAUCUUCACAAUCAUCUCCACCUCAGGAACUACUACGUUCCCGCUAACUCUGGAUCUGGUUCAGCCGUCUAAUACCGUCCGACGGCUACCACCGGGACCACCGGGACCACCGGGACCCGGGCUCGGCCCUCCACGGGACAUGGACCAUGGCACUCUGCGUCAUCAGGGAUGCAAGUAAACUUUUCCAAUGGGAUAUUCUAGUCCGGAGUUCACGUUAACCCGUCGGAGAGACCAAACCCAAUCGGCAGCUCGUGCUUGUUACGAAAAGUGUAUAUAGGGAAUCGACACUGUGUUAUAGGGAAAGGAACAAAUUUUGUUUUUCUCUUUCGUCCAUUUGUAAAUACCAAACGCGCCUUUGUCUUCGUCUCUGUACAUUGGGAACAUGGAAAUGGGGCAAAGGAGGGACUGAUGUCGUCUCGACUGUCUAAAGUGUAAUAUAUCUAUUAAUUUAACAUAUGGUAAAUAUAUUAGAUAAUGUGUUCUCUGCUGUUCAGGAUCAAUGACGAUGACCCUACGAGUCUUCGGGAUCUCUCUUGAUCUCCUCUUCGCGGAAUUUAAUUAAAUCAUCCCGACCCACCCCCAUCCCCACUAUGUACGUAUCCGACCAUGCAUGUAGUUACGUUUCGCAAGGAUUGUCCGAGGUCACGUAAAGGUCAAUUUAUUUCAUCUUUAUCGUGUGGACCGAAAUCUUACGCACGUGAGAGAUCUGAUCAUGUUCGAUGCGGCGGACGUUUUUUGUAUUAUAUUAGCGAGAACCGCAUGGCGGAAGCCUACACUACUUCUUCAUGGAAAUUU